GAUUAACGAAGAGGACCUUACGGCGCCAUUGUUAUUUUCUCAUAAUAAAACGGGUAAAAAGAAAUUCGCGAUUGGGCAAGAUGAUGGUGAAGGUGAUGACGAGAUGGGCGAAUACGCGGACAAUGAAAAAAACAGUUCAUCUGGGAGCAACAUUUCCUAUGA